AAUCGUCCUUCAACCGUCAACAACCAUGAUUUCUCACAUUGCCCUCCCCGUUUUACUGGCAGCUGGCACUGCCGUUGCCAGCAGCAGCAGCAGCAGCAGCAGCAGCAGCUAUGCGCCGUACUAUGUCGACUGCCCUGAAGGCAUCCAGCUGGUGCGCCCACCCCUAUCGACGUCGCUGAACGAGACGCGCUGGGUGCAUGGGCGCAAGGGCGAGAUCGUCGACGCUCUGGGCCGGUACCUGCGGCGGUUGAAGCUGGAGGGCCUCGACGCGGCCGAGUACAUGGACCGGGUGCGUGAGGAUGUCGACUUCAACGUGCCGGUGAUUGCAUGGGCGAACAGCGGCGGCGGCUUCCGGUCUGCGAUGACGGGGGUGGGCGGUCUUUUGGCGCUGGACGAACGCACGGCAGGGGCCAAAGAGGCGCGGACGGGCGGGCUGUUCCAGAUGCUGACGUACAUCGCGGGCCUGUCGGGGGGAUCGUGGCCUGUUGCGUCGCCGACGUUCCACGACUAUGCGCCCAUCCGCGAGAUGGUGAGCGACUGGCACGUCGAGAUCGACCGGUUCGAGGCGACGACGUACAGCGAGUACGCGGCGCCGGUCGAGGGAUACUUUGAGAGCAUCUACGAGAAGUGGGAGGCCGGCUUCAACAUCAGCGUGACGGACUUUCUGGGCCGCGGCUUCGCGUACGAGUACAUCCCCGGCGUCAACCGGACGUGGUCGUCGAUCCCGGAGCUGCCGGGCUUCAAGAGCUUCGCAGGGCCGAUGCCGAUCCUCUCGACCAGCAGCAUCAACAGCAGCUCGCCGGUGGAAGAUGGGGUCUAUGUAGCCUCGUGGGAUGCGCCAUGGUAUGAAUGGAACCCGUUCGAGUUCGGAUCGUGGGAGAAAGGCUUCAUCCCGACCCGGUACGUGGGCACGGUGCCCAACGAGAACAACACGGCCGAGCAGUGCGUCGCGAACCUGGACCAGACCAGCUUCGUGAUGGGGACGGCGGCCAGCGCGUGGAACUUCUGGUAUCUCUCCGAGGUGAGCAACGGCACGCUGGGCCAGUUCACCAAGCGCGACAUGGAGAGCGCCGCCCUCGACGCCCUGGUCGAGGACGUCGACGCCAUCUUCAGCGAGCUGUGGAACUACACCGUCGCCGAGAUCAGCAACCCGUCCAUCCCCAACCCGUUUGGCAGCCAGGAGAACCUCACCCUCGCCGACGGCUCCGAGGCCGGCCAGGCCAUCCCGCUGCUGCCGCUGAUCCAGCCCGCCCGCAAGGUCGACCUCAUCCUGGCCUGGGACGACAGCUGCGAGCUCGAGCCCUACACCUGGAGCAACGGCGUCAACCUGCGCGAGAGCUACCUGCAGGCCCGUAAACACGGCCUGCCCUUCCCCGAGGUGCCGCCGGCGAGCGAGAUGCUGGCGCGCAACUACACCUCCAAGCCCGUGCUGUUUGGCUGCGACGUCAACCUCACCACCACGCGCGACGAGACCUCGCCCAUCGUCGCCUACUUUGCCAACGCCCCCUACAGCUGGUACAGCAACUACUCGUGGUCCGUGACCAACAUGUCCAACGCCAUGCUCGACGGCGUCAUGCAGAACAGCUUCAACCUGCUGACGCAGGGCAACGGCUCUCUCAGCGACUCCUGGACCGACUGUCUGGGCUGCGCCGCCAUCGACCGCAGUCUGUCGCGCAUGGGCAUUGCGCGCCCCCAGGCCUGCCAGCAGUGCUUCGCCGAGCACUGCUGGGACGGUACGUUGACGGCCGGCGUCGCAGACAGUUACGUGCUGGAUCCCUCGCUCGCCCUGGAGCCGGCCAUGGGCUAUACGCAGUGGCUGGAUGAGCACUCGGACUUUGCAGCGGAAUAUGAGGAUUGAUGUAUAUUGGCCUGACUGAAACAUGAUUGUGUAUAAACGUGGUGAGCUUAGCUGUUAUGUAAAUGUAUCUAAUUAGCUAGAAGUAAAAACAAG